CUCUGUGCCUGUGGAACCAUUACUUAUUUUUGUGUGUAGUUUCUUGAUUACUUGGUGAUUAGCAAAACCGUUUAUUGAAUCAAUCUGUCUAUUGGACUAAUGAGUAAUUAAAGUAUUUACUAAUCUAGUCAUCUAAUAACCAAACUAUCUAUUAGGCAAACUCAUUGUUGUUCAAACGAUCAAUUAGACACCUGGAGUUGACGUGGAGUUGAGAUGAUAAGAUUAAGCUUAUUAAAACAUUUUUUCUUGUUCAGUCUCAUAUUCGAUAAGAUUUUCACCCGAGAAGACGACCAUGAAGAUUACAUUCCAAGAAAGGACAGGAGAAUGAGAGAGAAAUUCCAAGACAGAGACGCAUCUACUUUUCAACCCUUCGUGAGUUUCAAGGAAUUAUUUUCACCCCAAGAAGGAAUAAAAUCUAUCCUCAGAGAACAAUCAACGCCUCAGUUUAAUCAUCAGAGGGAGUCAGACUACACACGUGAUGUAAAUAUUUCCCAAGGAAGUGGCCAAGACCUCGAAAGGCCAAAGAACUACAGUGGAUGGGGAAUCUUCAGAUUAUCCUUCGCUUCGGUUGAUGUUCUUGAAGACGUUCUCAGGCAACUGGAAAAUAAUACACAGGUUGCGGUUCUUCGUAUCUUGAAAGCACCAUUAUCGGUGGACGUGGCAGCAUCCGGAGAAGUUGUUUUGAAAGAACUGCUGUCUCACCUGCACCCGCCUGACCUCAGCCACGUCAGAAGUAGAAGGAGAAGAAGUAGGAGGAGACAGACGAAGAAGAAGAUGAAGGACGAGGAAAAUUUGGGUGAAUCCGUAACAUGGGAGAAGAUAGAUGACGUUCGGUUUUAUCCCGAACAACGGCUGGAUGGAUCGGAAACCCUCGCCUGGGACGACUAUUACCGCUUCGACUCCAUCCAGAGGUUUCUUCACCACGUCAGCCUCCACACCAGCACGGCUCAGAGCGUCGAGUACGGGAGGAGCCUCGAAGGUCGACCUCUGCUGGCUAUUUUCUUUGGCAAAAAAUCGCUGUCACUCAAAAAGGAACACUUACGUAGAGUUGCCAAAGUGCGUCGGCUCAGGGCUCAGCAAGGUCGAGAUCCGCUUUUCGAGGAAUUGAAAAAUCGACGUAAAAACGGCAGCUCGAGGACUGGGAGGCCGGUGGUCUUGAUUGAGGCGGGCAUCCACGGCAACGAGUGGAUCUCCCCCGCCGUGGCCACCUUCCUCGUGAAAAAGCUCGCCCUCGCCGGGGAGACCUUCUUCAGGAGCGCGACGGUGGUGGUGGCGCCCGUCGUCAACCCCGACGGCUACGAGUACUCCUUCACCAGGAACGUCCUCUGGCGCAAGAACCGCCGCCAGACCUCGAACCCCGCGUGUCCGGGCGUCGACCUGAACCGCAACUGGAGCGCGGGUUGGGGCGACCCCUCUGGCUCCAGCGGUGACCCCUGCGACCCGACCUACCGCGGCAACCGGAGUUUUUCGGAGCCCGAGGCGCAGGCACUCCGCGACCUGGCCCUCGCCUGGUUCGACAAGCUGGCCCUCCACAUCAGCGUUCAUAGCUACGGCGGCUUCAUACUGUAUCCUUGGUUCUACACGGAGGAGGACAUUUCCAUGAAGAAACGAGCGCACAAAAUCGCAAAGAAAAUGAAGAAAUACAUGAGAAAUAGCGGCCAGGAUCGGAUUCAGAUCGGCCAGGGCUCCGAGGUCCUCUACAAGGCCUCCGGGGUCGUCAGCGACUACCUCUCCGCCGCUGGUCUGGAACACACCUACAUCCUCGAGCUCCCUGGCUACUCCUUCGCGCCCCCCCCUCAGAGGAUCGUCCCCGUCGGUCGGUCGGUCUGGGACACACUGGUCUGCGCGGUCGGCGAUGUUGUCGGGACCAGGGAGAGUCGGUCCUUCUGUGGGAAACGUAUUGUUAAGGUCACUCUUAGCGAUGGGACGGAGCUGUCCAUGUGGAUCAGCAAGGACGUUCCGUUGAAGAAAGCGAGGCAGAUGAUUCUGGAGGCGUUUGAUUCGGGCGCCGUGAGAAAAGGAAUUUUGGGGGAACCUCUCAACAGCAGGCAUGUUGCUGGUCACGUGGCCAAGGGCAGUGAUGCCACGUCACAUGUAAUACAAGAACACAAUGCGGGAGGCUACAUCAAUACAAGGGAACAUACAUUGGGUUCAGACAUUAAUGAAUCAAUAUUUACAUUAGUCCUGCCCAACUCAUCUGCCCUAAUGUACUGUUCUGCAAUUUUUUGCAUAAAGUAUAACCAGCUCUUGCAGUUCAUGUUCCUCUCUUACCACUACAUGGUCAUUGGAGACACGAAUUAA